GGUGGUGGCGGGGAGAGGAUCGCUGCUGCACUGGCCGGCGAGGAGGAGGGGAUAGCGGGGGACUCUCCGACGAGACUCGGUGGACAGAAUCCAAUAACGACAAACAAAUCCGGAGCUUAAAUUAGCCGAUUUAAAUGGACCAGACUUUCUUCAUACGCUGCGUUAAAUGACAUUUUCUUUUGCUACAAGCUCGAAGGCCUGAGGAUUUGAGUGAUUAUUGGAUCCAGAGUUUCAGCCAACACACUGAUCUACCCUAUACAGACGGAUAAAUGCUCGGAAGUCUGCUCUUUAGGGGCCAUUUCAUCUGUUCCCGCUUUGAACCGCCAAACUGGCUCAAUUCAAGACAUAUUCGGACAUUUAAACCAGUUAAAAGGAUGGUUUAUCUCAGUUAGCUAGGCGGCUAAUAACUCGCUUAUUCACAAUGAAUCAAUAUUAGCCGUUAGCAGUUAGCAUGUACGGCUAAUUGAAAAGGAAUAAAUCCGUUUACAGAGAUUUUCGACUGAUACUUUAUAGUGAUAUGCUGUCAGUCACGUGUCAUAGAUCCGGCUUUAUUGAUUACCUGAGUGCUAAAGCUUUAAGUUCUCUGAGGCACUGUGUAAAUGCAUGGAGUCCCGUUAUAUGACUGGCAUAGAUAGCUACAUACCUCUUGAGUUUGGAGCAGUGAGACAGUACAGCAGUAGAUGCUGACUGUGUGGGUCUAUUUCAGCUCUUCAUGCACCCACUUUUAGCUUGAGUUCAUUCAUUCGUUCAUUCAUUGGAUCCAUUGGGUGACAUCUGAUGACAGAAGCAGCCCAGGUGUGAGCUUCAAAAGGUGUUUGUCAUAGACGAAUACACCUGAGCACGUCGAGCUUGUGAUUGUAGGUGUGUCAUCAUGGGCAAUACAGUGUCCUGCUGCGUGUCCCCCAGUGGGAGCCCCAAACUACCCCGGCAGGUGGAGCGUCUUGAGGACUACCAGAACAACACAGACAUCAGCGAUGACACUGGUCCAUACCUGCAGCACAUCAGUGACCGGGAGGUGCCAGAUGAUCUGGCUUUAGAAUCCAACCCCUCAGAUCAUGCCCGCGCCAGCACCAUCUUCCUUAGCAAGUCACAGACAGAUGUACGGGAUAGGAGGAAAAGCAAUCACAUAAACCAUGUCUCACCUGGUCUGCUUUCAAAGAAGUAUAGCUCCUGUUCUACGAUAUUCAUCGACGACAGUACUGUUAGUCAACCCAACCUGAAAAGCACAAUCAAAUGUGUCACAUUAGCAAUAUAUUAUCACAUUAAAAACAGGGACUCUGAUAGAUCGUUGGACAUCUUCGAUGAAAAAAUGCACCCCUUGUCGAGGGAGCAGGUUCCUGACGAUUACUCCCGCACAGACCCUGAACACAAACUCAUCUAUCGAUUCGUCCGGACUCUGUUCAGUGCAGCGCAGCUCACGGCAGAGUGUGCAAUCGUUACUCUGGUAUAUCUGGAGAGGCUGUUGACGUACGCCGAGCUGGACAUUUGCCCAUCUAACUGGAAGAGGAUUGUUCUGGGAGCCAUCCUGCUGGCCUCUAAAGUCUGGGACGAUCAGGCUGUGUGGAACGUCGACUACUGUCAGAUCCUCAAAGACAUCACUGUGGAGGACAUGAAUGAGAUGGAAAGACAUUUUCUGGAGCUGCUGCAGUUUAACAUUAACGUACCGGCCAGCGUCUACGCCAAGUAUUACUUUGACCUGCGCUCUUUAGCAGACGACAACAACCUGAGCUUUCCUCUGGAGCCAUUGAGCAAUGAACGAGCUCAGAAAUUAGAGGCAAUCUCAAGACUGUGUGAGGAUAAGUACAAAGAUCUGAGCAGAGUGGCCAUGAGGAGAUCAUUCAGCGCAGACAACCUAGUGGGCAUCCGCCGAUCCAAUGCCGUUCUUUCGUAAAAGCUUUUUCUCGGAACAUUCGCCACUCCCCAAGACGGAGCUCAAUGGACAAAACUCGUUUACUCUCCCCACCCCUCUGCCUUUGGCUGCAACGUUACGCCAGUCGAGAUAUCCCACACCUUUUCCCAACCGAUGCAGAACAACAUAGAGACGACAACAAACUGAAACGGUUACUUUUGUUUGUUUUUUGCUUACUAUGUAGGCUACUAGCUGUGAACUGUCAGUUUUUAAUUGAAAUCAUUUGCAGAUGGAGUAUUUUAAAUAAACACUAAUCAUGUAA